CGGCUUGGGUGCAAUAUCAGGAACUGAGCAGCCUGUAGAAAAUGCAUCUUCAUCAUCAUCCCUACACAGGCUAAAGCGGCUCUUAUCAAGGGGUUCGACGCCGGAAAUGGCCAGGUCCAGCCAAAUCGGAUGCGGCUGAAUGCAACGUUUAUCCUGACUUCACUGAUCCCGUUCUCUCUCCCGUCCCGACCAUCCGAAUAUCGUGCCGCGCCAGACGGUAAUCUCUUUUUGAUUGUCUCCCCCGAGCCGGGUCGUGGGCGGGGGGCGAAACAUUUGCCCUUCUAUAUGUAGCCAACGGGCAUGCAUUGAGGGGUCGGGAUGGCCCUUGAAUGUGCCAAACAUUCGGAAUAGUUCGUUUCUACAACUCUGCCAAGAUGUUGUCCAGUUCGCCCAAAAUCCUCGCGUGGUUCCUCUUGGCGCUGCCAGCAUUCGCGCAAGACGAAUGCACAGCAACGGGGGUAGACUUUACCGAUGGCGGUACCUAUUCGGUCGAUUCUAGCUCAACGAGCAAGUUCACAUUUGCCACGAUCUUCUCCGGAUGCGAUGGCACCGCCAAUCCAAUACUCCAUGCGCCCGACGGAGGAGACGACUAUACAUGCUCGUCAUUGGACAUGAGUAGAGAUAGGACACAGCAGAUCUCGACAUGUGAUAUCACCUUCUCGGAGAUUACCUCGGGAAAUUGGUCCAUCACGAUGGUGAAUCCCACCACCAACGAGACGCUGGAGAGAAUAUUCUACCUCGUUGCAGCAGCCACAGAGAGGGUGACGACCACGGUCACUCCGACUGUCAUUGUUGGAUACACGAGCACACCCCUCGGGUCAACUAUCAUCGAAACCGUCGACCGGACUCUAACCCAGCUAUUCCCCGCGGCAACUGUCACCUCGACCUGCACCCAGCGAUCCCAGACCGUGACCAGCUCCCUAAUCCAGAGCACCGAAACCUUCACCACGCGGGUUACUCGGACGGCGACAUCGGGAAGCACGACUCUCCGAUCGACUGUUUACGGUCAAGAGGUCACCGCGACCUGUCACUACGAUGAUGCCGCUCCCACCGUGCAAGCUGACCAUGUGUUGGUCCCUGCUGUCAAGCACCAGGGCGAGAAGAAGCGCAGGCAUAGCCGCCAUAUCUAUGACAGGGCAGGUCGCGGGAUUUACAGAGACCAGGCAGAGGACGAGGCGCCCGCUAAGCGUGAAGUGGCUGCAACUACUGUCACGAUUGUGGAGACCACCUUCACCUACUCGAGCACCUUCACGACGAUAGCGCCGACGCCGAUGACAACAGAGACCACGAUCGAUCAAACCACCAUCAGCGUGACCCCGUCUCCCAGCAUUGUUUGCGGAAACCCGACAGUGGUCACCCAGACCGUCACCGUGACGCCGCCGCCGGCGAGCGAGACGGGCACCAUCUACCUGACCACGACGGACCAGCUGACUCUGUGGAUCAUAACCACGAUGGACACGACGACGAUCAGCGUCCCCGCGAGUGCGACUGCUUGCUGGGAUGACGGCGGCGUGUACUAUUAAGCUUCUUGCGGGGGUGUGGAGGGUUGGUUUUAUUGCGCACCUACUGUUGCCGUGGAUGUUUAGGAUGUUUAAAGAAGCAAAACGAGGGGAAUUAGCAUCCCAUGACAUAUGUAAAGGGUGAUUUGGAUAUUGAGGGCUGUGGAAUAAUAGACUGCGUCUCUUAGAAAUUACCUUCUGCUCUUGCACGUCAGUCGACCGAAAAGCCGAUUGGCCUGCAAUGGGCCUGUAUUCUCGAUGAUAAUAUCGUUAUAGUAAUAUUAUUUUACAUUAUCUA